AACCCAAAAACUAAUACUAUCAAAAAAUCUAAAACUAUACCUGGUAUUUCCAAAUGGCUUAAGUGGUCUUGGCCUAUAACAGGUGAAUUCGCAAGAUAUGUUCGUGCCUGUUCUCUUUCUAAUAUAGGUGUGUGGAAUAACUUUCAACCUGCGCAGAUUGCUCCAUUCUGUAAAAGACUAUCUCCAACAUUUUCCAAGUCAUCUACACCAAAAGCUGUAUGGAUAGUGCCAACUCCAAAAUUACUGACAAGCAAGAAAACCAAUAAAGAAUUAUUAUCAGUUAAUGAUGAGUUGGCUGAAAUGUUAAAUACUGCAAGAGAUUGUUACUCUCCUGAGGAUAUGCAUCCUGAUUUUGAAAACUUGGUGAAAAAUGGUGAACUUUCAUUUGAGAAAAUUCCAACAGUAAAAACUAUUAAGGGAUGGAUCAGAAGAUAUAAUGCAAGCUUCAAAAAAGAAGUAUCAGAACGAGCACUUACAGAAGCUAACAAUGAUGAUCAUAUUUCAAUAUAUAAUAAGAGUAGCAAGCAUCAAAAAAUUUGA